CAUCACCAGCAGAUCUGUUCUUUUUCCCUCUGAAUUUUUGUUGUUAUCCGAGCGAUUGUGCUCUUCGCCGAAAUGGCCGUGUGAUCUGUGCCUGUAGACAGCGCGCAAACUCCUCAGUGCAUCAACAUAGUGCACUGCCUCAGUACAUUUAUUACAAAAUGGCGUCCCUUGUGGCAACUCUGACCUUUGCUGUACCUAACAGCACGAAAUUAUUCGAAUUCUCAGUAGAAGACUCUCUGAUUCCACUUGAAAUAGACAGCCAUGUCUUUGAUGAGCUCACGGUUUGGCCCGGACGAUAUGGAAGUCCUUCUUUGGGACCCAUCAUCACCGAUGGCUGACCCUCUUGGGUCCUUCCUAGAUAAAGAUGAGGAGGUUCUUCCUCUCGGAGGCGCUGAAUCGCCCCUUUCAUCUUUCUCUUCCUCUCCACUUCCCUCUCUCUCCCCACCCUGCACUCCUCCCUUCCCUCAGAGGGGGGAGAAGGCUGGGCACAAUCAGCUGUCCCUGUCGUGGUUCCCCUCAGAUGAGCUGUGCCUAGAUAAUGGUGGCGCAGACAGUGGUAAUGAUCAUUCAUUCAGUGAAAUGGAUUGGAUGACAGAGCGAAUUGAUCUGAGUGAGUUUGAUCUGGAGUCUUUGAUUGGCUCCUAUGAUUCUGAGGAUCCACCCAGUUCUCCUGAGGAACUCAUUGCUUCUCUGGAGUCACAGAUAGACCUGGAGUCCCAGCCUGUAGCUUCUGACCGUAACCCUUCACCCUCUCCACCAGCGACUGUCCCUGAAAUUGAUCAACUUUCCAGCCUUUCAUUCACUUUGAAUACUCCAGUUUCUACUCCAUUUGUUCCCUCAACACCCUGUGAAGUGUCAGAUUCCUCCUCUGUAGUCCCUGAGCCCCAGACCGAGCUCGAUAUAAAGUCUGAACCGGCCUCCCCAGUCCCAUCACCUUCCAUCCUUCCACCCGAGUCCCCUACUGACACUCUUGAGCUUGGUUGCGAGGUGGACAUAGCUGAAGUUCAGAGUCCAACCCCCGUUGAGAUGCAGGUGCCCAAAAUUGUCCUGUCCCUCUCCCCGAACCACAUAGUUCUUGUCCUUGCUCCCAAAGAGGAGGCUAAUGUGAUGGCGACCCAUCCAGGUAAGGUGGUUGUGGAUAAUUCCCCAAGGCCAGCCUCUCCCGACCCACAAACCCCAGCCUCUCCCCAGUCUCGUUCUUACAGGGUGAAGCCAUACCCUACACCUGAUUCUAAGCCCACCCAAAGUCAGCAGUCAGAGUCACCUGCCCUCACAGGAAGAGUGAAGUCAGCCAGUGGCUCAAAGGUUGUGGUCGAGAAGAAGAAGCUGAAGAAAAUGGAGCAGAACAAGACUGCGGCGACCCGCUACCGACAGAAGAAGCGUGCAGAGCAAGACGUCCUCCAGUCAGAGUCUGCAGCUCUAGAGGAGAGGAAUCAAGAGCUGGUGGAGAAAGCAGAAUCACUCACUAAAGAGAUUCAUUAUCUGAAAGAGCUAAUUGAUGAAGUCAGGAGGGCAAGAGAGAGUAGGAAUAUGAGGUCAUAGAAAGAAAUGGACAUAGAGGCUUGAAGCUGAGAGAAAUGGACUGUUUCAGCAUAGCCUCUUGAUUCAUCCCCAGUGUCUUAGUAGAAACAGUUUCCUUUUAGCAUGACAGCUAUCGGUAAAGCCUGAUAUACUUUUACAAGUGUAUUUUUUAAAAUCUUGUGUAUCUUUAUUGUAUGCACAGUAUUAUAUAUAGCAGUGCAUUGUGUAUUGUUGAUUUUGUCCGUCUUGACAUUUCUUAAUUGAAAUUGUGCCGUGUAAAUACUCACAAUUUAAACUUUCCUAUUGUCUUUAUUCAUAGAAAUGGUAUGGUGUGCACUUAUUAGAUUAUGUAUGGAACUUCUAUGGGGUUUUCACCGCUUACCAACUAUCUUGAAAGUUAUUUGUGUAAUAAACAUUUAAAAAGACA